CCUGUCCUUCUCUUCCCCCAGGAAAAGCCCCACAAAUGUAACCAGUGCGGCAAAGCUUUCAACCGGAGCUCCACGCUCAACACGCACAUUCGGAUCCACGCGGGCUACAAACCCUUCGUGUGCGAGUUCUGCGGGAAGGGGUUUCAUCAGAAAGGCAACUACAAGAACCACAAGCUGACCCACAGCGGCGAGAAGCAGUACAAAUGCACCAUCUGCAACAAAGCCUUCCACCAGAUCUAUAACUUGACUUUCCACAUGCACACGCACAACGACAAGAAGCCCUUCACCUGCGGCACCUGCGGGAAAGGCUUUUGCAGGAAUUUCGAUUUAAAGAAGCACGUGCGGAAACUCCACGACAGCGCGCUGCCGGCCAAAGAGCUGCCCCGGAGUUUGCAAAGCUAAUUCACGCCGCUUUCGGGGACUCGCCCGUCCUGUGCAAAGCGAUCGAAAGCGGGUUCCAGCGACCC